AUGUCGUCCAACACAAUUAUCGAAGAAAUCAAUUCGAUCACGUCUGCAGGGACUUUCGCCGUAGCACAUUGCGUGUCGGAAGAUUUCCAAAUGAGUAGGGGUGUUGCGGUGCAGUUUAAGCUGAACUAUGGUCAUGUUAGCGUCCUCCUGGACCAAAGGGUCAGAGUAGGUGGGGUGGCAGAACUGAGGGUUGACCAGAAAAAUUAUUUUUAUAUUUUUUACCUGGUGACCAAAGUUUUAUACCACCAUAAACCAACUCUCCAGUCCCUAGCCACCACAUUGGUCCAGUUAAGGGAUAGAUUGAAGGAAUUGUCAAUUAGUUCUUUAAUUAUCCCGAAACUGGGCUGUAAAUUAGAUGAACGUAAUUGGUACCAGGUUCAUGAUUUAUUAAAGACGACAUUUAACGGUAGUGAUGGCCUGCAGUUAAAAGUCACAGUUUGCGAUCCCGAAAACUUUCAGAUACCAUCUCACCAUCUAGCCAAAAUAGAGAAGAAACCAAUUGAUUUUUUUAACGGUUCGACGAAUUCCACAGUCAAAAUUCUUCCCGUCGAAAUAACGUGCGCGUUGACAAACACGUUAUUUUAA